AUGACGCAACACGGAAGUUAAUGUUUGUUGCGUUGGUGUGAGUGUAACGUCAAUGUAACUCACAGUGAGACGCUUCACUUACAUCAUAACUUGAAUUAGUUGUUGAGAGAGGCAGCGACGGUCGACGCUUUUCCACAGACAGGAAAUGAAAGUUUGUAUUACACUUGUGUUGCAGUUUCUGUUGGUGGGCCACAUCGAGAGUUGGGAUGACGGCAGCGUGCUGCUGCGGGACAUCCAGGCGUUGACUCUAUACAAGGGUCGCUCCACCACAGCAAGGCGCUCUAGCCCAGUGGCUCAGCUCCACUGUGUUGGAGGCUCUGCAGGAUGCCAGGCCUUCGUCCCAGAGGUGGUCCAGUGUCAGAACAAAGGCUGGGAUGGAGUGGAUGUACAGUGGGAGUGUAAGACUGAUAUGGACAAUGCCUACCGAUUUGGUCGCAUUGAGGUGAGCUGUGAGGGCUACAGCCACCCUGGUGAUGCCCACAUACUGAAGGGCUCCUGUGGGCUGGAGUACACUCUGGAACUGACUGAAGAGGGCCGGAGGGCGACAAAAGGCAGCUGGGGUUCCAACAGUGGAUUUGGAGGUCUCGGGGGCUUUGCCUCCAGUUUCUUCAGUGGUUUCUCCGGAAACAAGCAUCAAGGUCAACAGCAGAGCCGUCAGAGCUCGUACCCCUCAGGCAGCGAGGACUCAGGAGGUCUGCUGGUGGUUGCUGUGCUUCUUCUCUUGGCCUACGGCGUCUACAAGCUGUUCCUCAGCGGGAACGCGGCCCAGUGGGGGCAGGCCAGCGGACAGGCUGGUUACCCCAGAGAUAAUGACCAUGGCUCCCCUGCAGGACCACCACCCCCAGGAUUCAAACCUGACUUCACAGGCAAUGCUGGCAACCCAGGCUAUGCUGGUGCCAACCCAGGCUAUGCUGGUGCCAACCCAGGCUAUGCUGGUGCCAACCCAGGCUAUGCUGGUGCCAACCCAGGCUAUGCUGGUGCCAACCCAGGCUAUGGUUUCCACAGUGACUACACUCACAGACAACAGUACCCAGGAAGCCAGGCUCCUCCUGGAACAGGCGGAGGCUUCUGGACCGGCAUGGGAACAGGAGGGCUGCUGGGAUAUCUCUUUGGCCGUCAGAGAAGCCAGCCCCACAACCACAACUACUCAGCAUUCACUGACAGCAGACGUCCUGCUGGAGACUCGUCCUCCUCCUCCGGGACACGCACUGCUUCAGGUUUUGGAGGAACCAAGAGAAGAUAGGAGUUGUGGAGCUGGACAGACAAUGGAUGACACUGAGAAUAAUAAAAGACCAUAGAAACAUAUGAUAAAGCACCAUGAGAAGAGCCUUUCUUCGUGCAGAGAUGAACUUGUCCAACAACAUAGUAACGGAACAUACCCAGAGCUAUGUUCCUGUGGAGCUGUGGAGCUAUGUGCUGCUGACAGGAAGCACCGUAUGCGUUUGUUUUUCUGUGAAAGUGUGGAGCAUGUUAUUACUUGUAUGUGUUCUCAGAGGAGGAUCUUGCAUUGAUUCGAUCUGUAUUUCGUAGGCAAGAGGACAUUGUUCAGUGCGAAUCCUCUUUAAUUUAUUCAUUUCAUUCAUCACAGCUGUUUGUUUUCUAAGGAUCUGUUGACUUUCUUUAUGUGCACGAGUGUGUUCAGCCCCAGACACAGAGAGAUGUCUAUGAAAAGUGUAGCACAUAAAGUAAAAGGCAGAUAUGGAGAAAAGAAUAUGCACACAACAGAGGCCAGAAUGAUGACAGAAAUGAUUCAAAUCAGUAAAUCAAGUUUUAUUUUUUUUGUUUUUUGAAGACAUGAAGUUAUUUAAAUGUAGAUAUUUUGGUAACUGUCUAAUAAAAAGAGAAACCAAAAUA